UGCACAAUAACAUGGCGAAUAAUAAUUUUAUCGGCCAAUUUAUCGGCAAUAUAUGACGAAAAUAACUGUUUUUAGCAGAAUACAGGAUUAAAAGCCGACAUAUACUAACUGACAUCAAAGUGUGUUAUAAUCUUGUGUAUUCAGACUCAUUGAUUUAGUCCAGAGAUGGGUUGACUUGGUGUAAUUUCAAGACUUCUUCAUGUGAUAAGAACAACAUCGGCGACAUGUCACGUCUAAUUUUGCGGAAUAUAUAGCUCAUAACUUCAUACUAGUCAAGAUGGCUAAGAAGCCAGAUGGUAGAACUUUUAACGUUAGCGUUAUCGGGUUGUCGGGGACGGAGAAAGAGAAGGGUGCAUAUGGGGUCGGGAAGUCAUGUUUGUGCAAUAGAUUCAUCCAUCCAGAAGCUGACAAGUACUACAUGGAACACAUCUCCUUCCUUAGUCAGUCAGACUUUGGCGGGAGAGUGAUUAACAAUGAUCACUUCCUGUAUUGGGGAGAAGUUACGAAAACUGACGAGGGGAAUAAUUUCACAUUCCAUGUGAUAGAACAGACUGAAUUUAUAGACGAUGUAUCAUUCACCCCUUUCAAGACAGGACGCACAGAUCCCUAUACCAAACGUUGCGUACAGACCAAGGUGCAGUCAGCUGAGAAAUUGAUGUACAUAUGCAAAGACCAGUUAGGUAUGGAAACUGACAGUACAUAUGAACAGAAGUUGAUGCCAGACGGUAAAAUGAACAUUGAUGGCAUUGUAUGCUGCUUCGAUGUUAGUAAAGUGGCUGACAGAAGUCUUGAAAAACAGGUUGAAUUCUGUGUUCUCCUUCUUAAUAACGCCAUGAAAACGAAAAAGCCUGUAGUGCUUGUUACAACAAAAACUGACUCUGUAGAUGCUGAUUAUGCUAGAGAAGUGGAGAAAUUAUUGACUAGAAAAGAAUUUAAAAGUAGCAUUCCGAUGGUUGAAACGUCUGCUCAUGAUAACGUGAAUGUUGAAGCGGCAUUUUUGCUGCUAGGUCAUAUGAUGAUGGAUAAGUCGAAGUUUCGGACUAAAGCGAUUCCGUUUAAUGAGGCUUCAAAAGCCAGGAAGGAAGUCAUGGAGGUUGCUAAGGAAGCGUUUAGAAAUUUGUUGCGUAAUAAAAUAACUGAUUCAAAAAUCAACUGGGUUAGUGCAAGAAAAAAGUUAGAAAAGGAACCAGAUUAUCAACAUUUUGUGGAUUUAUUUGGGACUGAUAAAGCACGGGUCCUAGUCAGACAACAUACACGGCAUUUGCGAGAAGAGCUGGUCAAACACAAGCAGAACUUGUUCCUGAAACGCCUUCCUGACGUGCUGGCCCACUUCCUGCCAGAUCUAGAAACUGUUGGAGAUAGGAAAAGUUGGACAGUGUGUCAAAAUCAGAUGAUGAGGGAUGAUGAUUUCGACCAGUUUUUUGUCAAGGUUUGUGAAGAUGGCGAUUCGUGGACAACCACAGAGUUUGUGGACGAUGUGCAGGAAAACCGUCUUCCCUUAGAUUUACUGGCUUCCUCGGAGGCAGAAACCUGUUUUCGCAAUCACGUCAAUGCUCUGCAGGCAGCUCGCAGGAAGGAGGAAUUAAAGAAUGAAUUCUGGGCAUUAUUAGAGAAGAAUAUCGACAAACCUGGUGGAUUACUUACUGACCAUUAUACUUUAUUUCUCGGAAAGGAGAGUUACACUGGUUUACAGGAGCAUGAACGUCAGCAAGUUUAUGAUGAGUUUCAACGACAGCUGAAAAAUAGACUCCGUAUAGAAUUUCAAGAACUUUUAUGGGAACGACCUAGUGUUUUCCGAAAUCUCAAUUUGAACCAAAAUCUUACUGAAGACGAUCUCAAUGUUAUUUAUAAUUCUUUGAACGAUGACCAAAGAUUUAGAAAGUUUCAUAAACUGGAAGAUGAUCGGAAGGUAAUGCUGUUGAAUCAUGUUGUGUUCCUAGAGAAACCCUCUGUAGAUCGGUGCUUUUUUCACACGUCAAUGUCGGAGGACUGCACGUGUGCUGAGUGUCAGGUGUCACAUAUUCUGAGAAAUGAGCGACGUCUUGUGCCUAAUGGGAGGUCUCAUCACACCCCUGACUCAAUAUCUUCAGGACCGAUAGUGCGACCCUUAAAUUUGGUGCUUCUUGGUAUUGAAGGGUUAGCUACAGAAUUAUUCACAGAAAUAAGGAGUAUGUGUAUAGACGAUGAGUACAAAGUAGCCCACCGUGUUUAUAGUCUUGACUAUCGGCCUAUUGAAGGGGAUGUGACAGAAGAGGGCAAUUCAUUCAUAGCGCCUAACUUUAAACCACAUGGUUGCAUAUGUGUAUAUAACUCGCAAGAAUCAUUAGAGUACAUUCGCUCAAGUAUUCUAAAGACCCUAGAAGCAAAUCAUGAUCAGACAUUGGAUGGUCUCCCUUUAGUGAUAAUGUUAGCGUAUGAGCCAUAUACAAUGAAAGAGGUAAACUACCUCAGGGAGAAUGGGAAAGUAUUGGCCAGAAGCAUGCAGUGUGAGUUUGUGGACAUCCCAGAAGAUGACCUUGCUGAGAAGUUGAAGUUUUAUCCUGAACAAAUUGAGCAGGCCUUAAACAGUAUAAUCAAAGGACCGGGUCAGUCUGUAGGAGAGAGGAUUAUGGAGGACACGGAACCAGAUCUGAGGAUAUUACUGUGUAUGAUGUGCUCGGAUCCAUUUCCUAUGUCUUUACCAGUACAGCCAUUUCUAAACGAGUCCUCGUUUGUCGUGACCUCCGACCCCGAAACAUCAUCAGUAUCACCAGAGGAGGAUAAUGUGUUCACGAUAGACAUGAAUUUAGAGUAUUCAAAACAGAAAGUAGAAAUCACGGUCACGUCUUACCAUGGUGGACAUUCGCUUGUACAGAAGGGGUUUAACUAUCAUGGUUUUAUUCUUGUCUAUUGUCCCAAAAGGAGGGCAUCUCUGGCCUCGUUAAAAGCAUUUGCCGAGACUGUAUCCCCAGCUUACAUGUUGUUUCUGGCAGUGCCUGAAGGCGGGGCUAGCAGAUAUAAUAUGAAUGAGCACAGCCAGGGAAUGAAAGACGGGAAAGAACUCGCCAAAAAACUCUCAGUAUACUACUCACAGUUCUCACAAAACUUCAAAACUCAAACUGCAAGCCAGAUAUAUCAGAAGUUUCUACACGAUGUGUGGGAGCACCGGGAUGAGAUGGAGGAAGACAUGUAUGAGGAGGAACGGAGCCCACCACCUGCUUAUGAUGCCAACUAUCAUCGCCCAGCAGCACCCUUACCUAAUCAGUUCCAGACUAACAAAAGCACUUCAAGUAACAGUCAAAGUACAGAGGAUUCUGAGCCGCUGUAUGACCAGCCCCAUGUGUUACAACAUCACUCUGACAGUGAGAGAGCCUCGUCGCCGUCACCACCUCCCCUGCCAAGCUCAAGCCCACCACCCCCUGUUGAGGUGCCAUUCUAUAGAAAUGACCAUGAGUUAGUGAAGCCGAGUAUGCUGAAGGAGAAACGGAACCAGUAUGCAGGGCAGGCACGUGACCAGUAUCGAAAAUCAUUUCCCAUUGGGGAAUGUGAAUUGAUGAAAAUGCGCAGCGGAAUGAGUCAAAGUUUGACUGAGCACCUUGACUCGGAGGCUGGUGCCUCACCUCAUUAUCAGUUCAGGAAGUCCAGAAGUAUGAAACUUGCAGUGAAGGAUGAGGUGGAAGCCUGGGCAAUAAAUGAGCCAAAGCGGACAUCAAAAUCAGCCUACUUCAACAGCCAAGGGAGGCGACUUCAUGAAUCGCCAUAUGACACGGCAGAACACCAAGGCCACGAUGACGAUGAAGAUGUUGUUUGGUCGCAAAACCCGAAUUAUGAGAGGUCGUCAUUCAUUUCACAUCAACCAAGUGCCAAAAACAAGCCCUUCUUAUUUGCGCAGUAUGCUCUUCCACAGCGCCCAGGUCAAGGGAACUCUAGGGCUGGACGGGUUCAAGCUCCGCUUGCCAUGCCAGAGAAAAUUGAGAUCUCUGAAGUUUAUGGAACUGUAAAGGAUGCCUUAUACGUACAGGACAGUGAUUACGCACUUGUUGAUGAUGCUUUACCACAAGGGAAAAUACACCGCAUUAAAUCUACAUCACGGAAAAAUGAAAAGGGCACAGACUCGGAAGAAUCUGAAUUUAGUUCUCUGGAACGUGACAAAAAAAAAGACCCUUACUCAAAAGUAAAUCGGAAACCAACCCCACACAAAAAGAAGCACAAACACAGGAACCAGGAAGGACCAUUUAUAACACAGAUAAAUAUAGAACAUCCACAGCAUCAACCUAGAUGGCAGACGGAUCAAGACAGAGUAACUGAACAUGGUGGUCGAGGCAGAAGCAAUUCUCCAUCAGAAGACAGCGCAGGGACAGGUGAUGAAUUGCAACCUGGCACGAGGGUAAAACGACGCUCCAUAAAGAAGAAGAUGAGCUCCGGGGGUAGCGGAACCCAUCUGUCGGACAGCGAUCUUCAGUCUUCUGUACAUGGUCUGAAUCUGAACGAUGAGGAUGACACUGGCAGUACUGAGGUCCUUAUACACAAGGUUGGAAGUGAAGACAAUGACCUUGACCUUAAUGAAAGUGGUAGCUGGGGAACUUGGUUUAAGAAGAAACCCGGAAAAGAUCCAAUGAAAACACUGGAGAAACGAAAACAAGAUGAGGAACGGAGGCGACAGAGAGAAAAUACUGAAGACCGCACUGGUUAUGAUACACUCUAUGCUGACUGGCUAGAAAAGAAGCAGAAGGAGCAGCAAAGGUUGCAGAAGAAGAUGACAAAGAAGAAGGACAGUAAAGCCGCUGGCCAAUCAGAAAGCGGUAUCAGCCUCAGUGACUUCUCCAUGUCUCCAAAUAACCCGUCAGUGCCUCAGUUCAUUGAGAAAUGUGUUGAAUUCAUCGAAUCAGAGGGUUUGCAUGCAGAAGGUAUCUAUAGGAUACCAGGAAAUAAAGCUCAAGUUGACCUCCUUACUGCCAAAUACAAUGAAGAUUCCAAUGUAGACAUAUCAAGUCUCGAUAUACAAGUGAAUGCUGUAGCUACAGUUCUGAAAGCAUUCUUUGCUGAUCUGUCAGAUCCCCUUGUACCAAUGUCGUUAUAUGAUGAGCUUAUAGAAGCUUCAGAGCGCACAAAGGACUGUUUAGACCCAGGGGUGGUAGACAAAAGCAGCAGAAUUAUAGCUUUACGAGGAGUCUUCUUGAAGAUGCAUCCUCUUAAUUUUGAAGUCCUUAAAUUUCUUAUAACUCAUUUACACAAAGUAAGCAAAAAUUGUGAUCAAAAUAGUAUGGACUCCAAAAAUUUAUCACGGUGCUGGUGGCCAACAUUGUUUAGAAUGGAAUUUGACUCAUUUGAGAAAAUGACAAAAUACUCAAGAAUACCAGAAGAAAUUCUACAGACGUUGAUUGAACAGUGUAGUUUCUUCUUUCAUAGUGGCAAUGAAAUAUGAAGGUAGUUACCAUAGAGAUUGAAAUGCUAGUUCUGAACAACCAAAAUAGGAGCAUGACCAUCUGUGUGGGAAUUGUGCAUUGAAUUUUACCCACGAAUUAAGAAAGUGGUGGAUUGAAUUGUUGUAAAAUUGUGAAUGAUUUAUACAGGGCUGAAUGGCUAAUAGAUGGUCAAGUUGCAGAAGUGUCUAAAUUAAAAGAGAAAAAUGCCAGAUUAUGUACGUUGAUGAUCUACACGUUGAUGGGCAUGAACAGGAACGUGGUAUGAAAGACGUGAUAGAUCAUGUAGAUGGCUGUGAAAAAUGCUUAAAAAUGUCGGAACUACUUAUGAUUUAGAAACUGAUGGGUAAAUAAAGGAGUCAGUGACUUACUGAAUUUGUGGUAAUUAGUUGGAGUCAGUUAAUCAAGUGCUAUGUUAAUUAUUGCAGUGUUGUUCUUUUUUUUUUUUUGUUCAUUCUGUAUUCCUGAGGUUAUAUUUUUACUCAUUGUUCUGUGUAAGUUUUUUUUUUAAUUUCCAGGGAAACGUUAAUGAAGAAAGCUCAUUUUGUGUUUUACAGUACAGUUUCAUGUUUUGUUUAUCAGAUGUUGAAGCUGGGUCUGCACAGACUGAUCGUCAUGUUUUUUGAGCAGGUGGAAAACAUUGCUAUAGCAGCCACAUUAGUCAGAAAGUUGUCUUUUGCCCAGUUACCAUUUAUCUCAACUCCGCUGUUUCACAAUGCUACAUAUUAAAAUUGAAAGUUGAAUACAUUUAAGCUAAACAUGUUACAUAUUUCACUUCAGUAGUUAUCAGGCAUCCAAAAUUGUUACUGUAACCACCGAUGUGUGGCAUCAUUUUCUGCAUUAUGUUACUGCAUGGUUCUUUAAACCAGUCUAUAAAUGCAGCCUUGUCAUUGGUCAGUUUCAAAGUUAAUCUCAGAAUCAACCAAUUGGAAGCUGGAUUUGUUAGACUGGUCUCAGACUAAUUUGUUACAUUGCAUUUUAAUGCUUUAAAGACUAAGCAAUGGUCAGAUUCCAUACUAUGAUCAUUAUAAGGGAUUUCCUUCUUUACUUUCUUGAUUUACAUUGGUCCUCCAAGGUCAGUGUUGCUUGAAUUUUAUGUGAUUGUGUUGACUAAACUUAUUGGUACAAAAUGUGUCUAGUUAAUUUAUAACUGAAUAAUUAAACAGUAGAAUUAUAUCUAAAACAGUGAGUUAUGUAUUUUGAAAAGAUUAAAAAAAUUCAAACAGUAAAAUUGUUCAAAGUUACAAUUCUGACAUUUGAAGGUCUGUGAUGCUAAAGAAAAAGCAAAUGGUGUUGUGUUUUGCAUGUUUUCUACAGACCUUCAUGCAUUCAUUGACCAUUUAAGUUUCUGUUCUGUUGCUGACAUUGAAUUAUUUAUCUAACACAGGAUUCAGUUAUAUCUAACACGUCUAAGAUAGGAUUAUGUUUUAUUGGACAUAGCAUUAUGUUAUAUCUAACAGGAUUCUUCAAUAUCGGAUUUAGGAUUAUGUUGUUGAUUAUGUUAUAUCUGUUAAGGAUUCUGUAAUACUGUAAAAUCAUUUAAUUUCGUGGCAUGAAAUUUCGUUGUUUUGGUCUAAACGGCAAUUUCGUGGGGAUAUGAAUUCGUGGAUUUCAACUUUUGAACAUAAAAUGAAUGUGAAUUUCACAUGUUCGUUGGGAUUAAAUUUUGUGGAUUGACUCAACCACGAAAUCCACGAAAAUUAGUCCCCCACAAAUAUUAAUGAUUUCACAGUAUCUGGUUUAGGAUUGUGAUGUAUCUGAAACAGAAUUAAUUUCAUGACUCUGACAUAGUUACGUUUCUCCCUAUAGGUUAUGUUCAUAAUCUUAAAAUUGCAUUGAUUCCCCAGAAUUUUUGUCAUAUCACAGGAAAACCUAAAAAUUGGGACAAUGUAUGUUGAACAGAGAAUGAUUUUUUAAUUAGUCUGAUUCCAUACCUCAUGUUUUUAUUUCGAUGUAAAUGAGAUGUGAAACCAAAAUUAGUAGUCCUGUUUGGCGCCAUAUAACCUAUACUGUGUUGGUGUGCAGUAAAACCCAAAUAAAUAAAUAAUUGACCACAGGAUUAUAUAGGAAGACUGUCAGGCCUAAUACCUACCAGAAUUAGUAGGUAGUAUUUCAGGCCACUUAUUUUGACUGUAGGCUUGAUUAUGCAUCUUUUAAUAAAAUAAAAGAAUUUUUUUUUAGACUUGGGAAUGAUAUUCCUGACUUUGGGUAAUGUCCUAGACUUAAGGUUAUGUUCCAAGAUUCCUAACACAGAAAUCACUCUAUAUAAUAGGAUUAUAUACCAAAUUUAGAAUUUUGUUCCUAUCACAGAAACUGUCCCAGUAUAAGGGACUUGCCUUGACAUUAAAAUGCUUGUUGUUUAGUCAGAGAUCAUUGUGUUCAUUGCUGUUUGAAAUGUUGAUAAAUAUUGCAUUGUAUAUAAUGUUUUAUAUCAUAGAAAAAUUGUAACAUACUAUGAAUGUAUAUUGUGUAUAAGUGAGUAAGUAGAAUGGGUUUUAGUAACUACAAGGAUAGGAAGCUUGUGCAGCGUAGAUUAUGCUAUUUUUAGAAUAACAACGAGAAAUCUCUUACGGUUUGGACUACAUACAAAACAUUUUGUAUAUUUAGAUGGAUUUCAGGUAGUUAUUUAUUUUAGCUGAAAAUUGUUUGUCUAAUUUAGUCAUUUGCUUUAAUUCAAGUGGGCUUUUGACACUUAUUUUACAAACAGUUGAGAAGAUGUGAAGAAUUUCUUUGGAAAUGACUUGCAGUGGUUUUUUUUUUAAAGAUACAGCGCUUAAGUGUGAGGGAUGGUCAGAAAGUAAAUGUUAUUUGUAAACUCCACAAUAAUGGUUAAGAUGGUUGUAUUGUAUUAGACCAGUCUGUUAUCCAGUAAGAAUACUUCUUGAGAAUUAGAAGUGAUCAUUUUGCUGAAAAGGUGUUGGCUUUCUCCUGCUGGGCUUUUUUACCAUUAUUUUAUGUGAAAAGUUAUUUGUUUUUGACAUGCUCUCACAUGGAAUAUUGUGAAGUCUCUGCAGUUUAAGCACUUUUCCUUUUUAUCGUUAGCUAAAUACAAAAUGUAUGUAAGCCAUGCUUUCGUUGAACAUAAUUUGCCUGGUUGUUUCAGUAUAUUCUCAAGAAUUGAGACAUUUUACUAUGAAAGAUGGCUUUACUUUUGUCACCAGAUAAAUCACGUUUGCCAAAAUUUUAAUAAAAAAUAACAGAAAUGAUAGUACCGGUACAUCCAAUGCUUCUGCCACAGUAAAAUAUGAAAGAAUGCAUUCAAGUUAGCUCAUCAUUGCAAUAGACAUAUAUUCAUGAUGAUAUAAAGUAAAAAGCUGUGGUUUACGGAGAAGUGCUCUUUAUAAAUAUAUUUUACUAACUCUUAGCCUGCUAAAUUUAUAAAAUGGACUGGUCCAUUAUUCUGUUUGGGCAAUACCAUUUAUUAUACGAAGGGAUGUUUACUGAAAAUUUACUGACUGAAUAGCGAAAAGUGCAGACCAUUGAUCAGACUGCAUAGAUGUGCAGGCUGAUCUUGGUCUGUAUUGGUUGUAAAGGCAGAAUCACUUACUGCCAGCAGGUUAAAGGUUAAACAGAAAAGUAUAAAAAGUACAGAGUUGCUAUAUAUUUUAAAUCAUGCUGUAUUUUUUGCCUGCAAUUGUAUUCAAGAAGAAGACAGUUCAGGUAAAACAAAAUAAAAAAAAGAUUUUAAAAAAGAAUGUUUAGUUGAUCUGUUUUAUUAAAUUUUAGCCUGCUGGUGGCAAGUGCUUGUGCAGGCGCAUCUUGGUGUGCACUCUUUGCUAUUCAGUCAGUAAAUUUUCAGUGAACACACCUAAUAAUGAAUGGUACUGUCAUUGAUAUAAUGAUAGACCAGUUCGUUUUGGAAAUUUAGCAGGGCAAAGGUUAAUGCAUGGCGAGAAGAGAAAAAAAGUUUUGGCUUUACUGAAGUGCUUUGCUCGUAUUGUUGUUAAAAGAGUUGAUUGCAAUCAUCGGUGUGUGUUGUAUGAUUUUAUAUGUAUAAAAGAGUUUAUUAGAGAUAUACAGUUGAUGUCAUUUGUUAUUCUAUGUUUUUUCUUAGUUAUUUAUUCUAGGUUACUAUUACAAUUAUAUCUUUUGUAUAAUUUAAGAGAUUUUUAACCUAGGCAUAAUGACAGUAUAUAUAUAUAUACAUGUAUACAUAUAUAUAAAACAGUUUUUGAGUGUUUGCUAUGUAGUAAACCAGACAGCUUGCUAUCAGAUAUGAUGUGGAACUGAGAAAUGAACCUUCCCUUUUUUCAAAAUCUAAAUUUAAAAACAUUUGAAGUAUUUAAUCCGGUUAAAAAAAUUUACGAAAAGCGGAGCGCUUUUUAAGAACUUCUAUUUUGGUUUUGAAGUGUGAAAGAAGAAUUCUUGUUGAUGUGAAGGGAACUGAAAAUGAUUAGUAAAAUUGAUGGUGAAACAGGAGUUUGAAAAAAAGUGCACUGAAUGAAACACAGAGAGGUUGAUUUUUUAAUUGUAAAUUGUAAGAAAAAAACGUAGAUAAAAUAUAAUGCAUGAUGAGGUACCUGGUGUCCUCCUCCACCAGUUUGAAAGUUAACAUAUGGCCUGAGCAGUGUCUGAAUCACUUAGAACCAAACAUUCACCAUGCACUUACUUUGUUGGCUGUGGUACAUGGGUGUUUUUCUUUUUCAAAGAUACUCUAGAUUGUGAAAGCUUUCGUGGUUCCAUUUUGUCAUAGUUUGUCAUGGUUUGUCAUAGAAAAUGGCUUAAAGUCUUCUCUGAAAUACUGUUUAGGGAGUCUCAUUGUUCAUUAAUCACUAAUUAGACAAAGUAUUUCAAAUUUUACUUGAAAAAAAAAAGUGAAAAUACUCCUGUUUAGUUUUUGUCCUUGGAUGUUUGUUUUUCAGUUUCAUAUCUAUUUAGUUGAGGACCCAUAUAUUGUUAAACUGCUCAAACUAUGCUGAAUUUAUCAUGUGCAAUUAAUUUUAAUACGCUUAAUUAUGAAAUUGACAAAAUAAUGAACUUUACAAUCUUUAAAAUUUAACAGCUUGAAUAAUGUAAUUAAUAAGGGUAGAAAAGGGACCUGGUUAUGAAGUUGAUCAUGUGUAAAGAGAGCUAGGGUGAAUCACAGUUUGUCAAAUAGCAGGUUCAUGCCUCGGCUGGGUAGUAACAGAAAACUAUUAAUUCUGAUUCUGGUGUCUUGUGUUAUAGACUUAAGUAAUUUACUAUUUGAUUAUGAAUGCAGUACAGUUUACAGUGUUGAUAUUAAGAAAAAAAAUUAUUUUAGUUUAAUUUGGCCUAAAAUAAUACGGUAUGUAAUGUAUCUCCUGAAACAAGAAUUACUAAAUAAACAUGAUGUACAGAACUUUUUGAUUCACUUAAAGGCAGAAUACACAGUAAAAAAGACAAGUUUGAAGCGAUUUGUCGGAUAGGGGCCAAAUGAAAUGUUUAAUUUUAAAACAGUUGAUGUCCAGUGUUCUGUUAUAGUUUACAGUGUAAGGACCAAAAAUUUUGUAUUUCUUUAAAAAAUAAAUCUGGUGCAUUUUGGGGGGAAAUGCUGUUUUCAAGGGAAGGUAACUCUUUUUCAGUGCUGUUGACCUACAACUUUUAUUGCAUAUCUUUGUUUCUUAGAUGAUUGUCCUUCAGUAUUAAAAAGUUUGAAGAAAUUCUAUUAUUGGGAAAAAUUUUGCCCAUCUCAUAUAAAGAGACUCUAGCAUAUGCCUUUAAAAUAGUUAAGGAUUAUGUUUAAGAUUUAUAAUUGUCAGUUUUCAAGACAAUUACCAACUGCUCUGUAUGUUUGUGAUUUCAGUUCAACUUCCUUAUUUUGAUAUACACUUUAGAAACAUUGAACUUUCUGGAUCUUUUACCCUUAUUUAUACUGACAUAGAACCAAUGAACACAGAAUGCAUUAAAAAUUGGGCAUUUUAAGCGUAAAUUCAAAUAAGUAAGUAUUUUGUGUGUGAUUUUUUUUAUGCUGAAACCCAGUAAAAAUACAUGUAUUAUUCAAGUUGUGCAUGUUAACAGAAAAAAAAAACAUAUGUUCUUGCUACAGUCAAACAACUAUCUAUUGAUAGUGAAAGUCAGAUGAUAUGGGACUGUAAAUAGUGAGCGUAUGACUUUAAAUUGUGUUUAAACAGUUCAGCCUAAUUUCUUUGAAUAUUUUCAGCAAUUUCACUUUGUAUAUUAUCAUAAAGGACGGCUUUUCUUGUUGAAGGUAGACGAGACAUUUGUUUUCAGUUUCAUAAAAAUGUGUUGCUUUUCUACAUGUAAACAAGAGUUUUGUUUAGCCUAUCCGGACAGAGAGCUCCAUCAGUAUAUACCGUACAUGUACCUGACCAUGACUAAGGUUUUAUAAGAAUUGAGCUUGAAAAAAAGUAUCUGGCAUCUGAUUGGUUAAUUUUGAGCUCAAGUCUUUGUAACUGACCAAUCGUAAGAGUGCUUUUUCAGACUGGUCUUCAAGCUUAAGUUAUACAACCUUGAAACGAGAGAUCCCCCACCGUGAGUGGACCACCUAACAAUAUACGGACUGUAACAGGAGCAUAUGUGCUUGCUAUAUUGUUGUUUUUAUAUAUAUAUAGUCUUAUUCAGCUUAUUGUUAUUGGUUAAUUAUAUAAGAGGUUCAAUUUGGCAUCUCUAGUGUCAGUGUAUUAAAUCAUUUAAAUAAA